GCUGUACUGUGGGGGGUUGGCAUACUAAUGUGUUUACCGCAAUAUAAAAGAUGUGACACAUUGUUUCUUCUGUAUCGCUAUCUGUAUGUGCAUUGGCUAUAUUAUCCCAGCAAUAAUUUCCUUCCCUAUAAAAAAAGCUGUUGGAAUAAGGGCGCAUCCGUGUACUACACAAUGAGUGUUGUAAAAGGCCUGCAUCAGGUUGCUGCAUCCUUUGUGGAGAAAAGAUGAUCUCAAAUAUGAGAUUAUCGGUCGCUUCCUACAAUAUGACGCAACUGCAUCUGAGCAUUGAUGUUUCCAAUGCUGAGCAACGUGGUCACUGUUGGUAAAAGAAGAGGGCUGGGAAAAAAAGGU